CAGUUCUAGGCCAGAUAAAUACUUUGUCAUUCUACUCUGUUGGCUGGUCUCACAUCCUCCUCCCACUGAGCCUGUGGUUAUUUGACAGGAUGUCCUUUCUACAGCUCUGUCUGUGACACAUGAGCCUCUAGGCAGCAUGUCGACAAUUCUACUUCUCCUCCUCUUGCUAAGCAUCUGUCAGAUGUCUACGCAAACUCGCGCCUCAGUCACCAUUGAACCCAACAGCUCUCAGUUCUUCGAGUACAACAAGGUUUCUGUGAGCUGCAAGCAGUUCGGCUCCGGUGGAUGGACAGUGUGGAGAUACACGACAGACGGGAAAGAGUUGUCUCAGUGCGGCUCAGGAUGGGGCGGAGAGACCUCGUCCAUCUGUGAGAUGAAGACAGUGAAGCUGGCCAACAGUGGUGUGUACUGGUGUGAAUCCAAACACAAGGAGAGCAGCAACGCCAUCAACGUCACAGUCAUGAGUGGAGGAAGUGUGAUCCUGGUGAGUCCGGCCCUUCCAGUCUCGGGGGGUCAAGACAUCCCUCUGACCUGUCAGAUGAAGACCAGCUCCCACAAGGCUGAGUUCUUUAAGGAUGGAGCCUUGAUCCAGACCGAAGCCACAGACCUCAUGACCAUCAGGAACUUUUCUAAAUCGAAUGAAGGCGCCUACAAAUGUCGCAUCGGAGAUAUAUUUUCCAAGGAGAGCUGGCUGCUGAUGAAAGAUGAUUCUGAGCCGGUCUCCCUCACAGUGGUUCCUGACUCAUCUCAGUUCACCGAGUACGAACGCCUGGUUCUGAGCUGUGGAGGAUUCCACCAGUCACAGGGCUGGAACAUCAAGAGGUGGACCACGGGGGGGUCAGCCGGACCCAGCAUGUCCCUCUGUGGACGUGACUGGGGGCCAGGAAACGCCUCCCACUGUGAACUCCUGACGGCCAAACAGUCUGACAGUGGAGUGUACUGGUGUGAGUCUGUUACCAGGCAACGGAGCAACUCAGUCAACAUCACCAUAUACCCAGAUAAACACGUGAUCCUGAAGAGUCCCGUCCUCCCGGUGAUGGAGGGAAACAAUGUCACUUUGAACUGUGUAAAAAAGCCCAACUCUCACGAAGCUACUUUCUACAAAGGUGACACAUUAAUCAGGACUGAGCCUGCAGGUCAGAUGAUCAUCUAUAACGUUAAACCGUCUGAUGAAGGCCUCUACAAGUGUCACAUCAGGGGUCAUGGAGAGUCUCCAUCCAGCUGGCUGUUUGUCAGAGCUUCCAACAGCGAAAAGACACUGCCUCACUCUGGUCUGUCCUUGGGGAACAUGAUCCGCUACAUUGUGGUGUUAUCUUUUCCAUACUUCGUCUCUACUCUCCUGGCGGUGUCGAUAUAUCGACAAAGAAAGAUAAAUCGACACAGAACGACAGGAAGGAACAAACCUGUUCCCAAGGUAAGGCCUCCACCGAGGGGGGAAAACAAGAGACUGGACCAACAGCCUGAUGAUGUGAUGCCUGACGACGUCACCACUGAGCACAGUUUCUAAAAUAAACUCUCUUGUCUAUUCUCUCCUCAACUGGUUGAGACUUGUUCACUGUCUUUGUGUAAUAUUUUUAUUUCUUUUGAAUCUCUGUUCAACAUGUUUGUCAAUAAACAGUUUUUUUUGUGUGA